UCCCCUGUACACCUUUGGAAGGAGCUCACUAUGACAGGGCAGAGUCUGAAGGCUUUAUCUGAAGCGAAUUUUGAAGACAAUGAGAUCAGCAUCAACGUUGGAGGCUUUAAGAAAAAGAUGAGAUCCAACACAUUAUUAAGGUUCCCCGAGACCAGGCUGGGCAAACUGCUGAGCUGCCACUCAAAGGAGUCAAUACUGGAGCUCUGUGAUGACUAUGAUGACACCAAGAAUGAAUUUUAUUUUGACAGGAACCCCGAGCUCUUUCCUUACGUGCUACAUUUUUAUAACACCGGCAAGCUCCAUGUGAUGGGUGAACUCUGCGUGUUUUCUUUCAGCCAGGAGAUUGAAUACUGGGGAAUCAAUGAAUUCUUUAUAGACUCCUGCUGCAGUUACAGCUACCAUGGGAGGAAAAUGGAGCCAGACCAAGAGAAAUGGGAGGAACAAAGUGACCAGGAAAGCACCACAUCUUCUUUUGAUGAGAUUCUGGCAUUCUACAAUGAUGCCUCUAAAUUUGACAAACAACCAUUUGGAAACAUCAGGAGGCAGCUCUGGCUUGCUUUGGAUAAUCCUGGGUACUCUGUCUUAAGCCGGAUCUUCAGUGUCCUUUCCAUAGUGGUGGUGCUGGGCUCCAUUGUGACCAUGUGCCUGAACAGCCUCCCAGACUUUCAGAUAGUUGACAGCAAUGGGAAUUCCGAGGAAGACCCUCGCUUUGAAAUCGUGGAACAUUUUGGUAUUGCAUGGUUCACUUUCGAACUGGUGGCGAGAUUUGCAGUAGCUCCUGACUUUUUAAAGUUUUUCAAGCAUGCCCUGAAUUUGAUUGACCUAAUGUCUAUCCUUCCGUUUUAUAUCACUUUAAUUGUCAACUUGGUGGUGGAAAGUAGUCCGACUUUAGCAAAUUUAGGCAGGGUUGCACAAGUCCUGAGACUCAUGAGGAUCUUUCGCAUCUUAAAGCUUGCUAGACACUCCACAGGUCUCAGGUCCCUUGGAGCCACCCUGAAGUAUAGCUACAGAGAGGUGGGGCUUCUUUUACUUUACCUCUCUGUUGGCAUCUCCAUUUUCUCAGUUGUGGCUUACACCAUUGAGAAAGAAGAGAAUGAGGGGUUAGCCACCAUCCCUGCUUGUUGGUGGUGGGCUACUGUUAGCAUGACCACAGUUGGCUACGGGGAUGUUGUGCCAGGGACCACUGCUGGCAAGUUGACGGCAUCUGCAUGCAUCCUAGCUGGUAUCCUAGUGGUAGUGCUUCCCAUCACGCUGAUCUUCAAUAAAUUCUCCCACUUUUAUAGACGUCAGAAGCAGUUAGAGAGUGCCAUGAGAAGCUGUGAUUUUGGUGAUGGCAUGAAAGAAGUUCCGUCAGUCAACUUGAGGGACUACUAUGCGUAUAAAGUUAAAUCCCUUAUGGCCAGUCUUACCAAUAUGAGCAGGAGUACUCCCAGUGAGCUGAGCCUGAAUGAUUCACUGCAUUAGUGUACAAGUUUGACAGCAGUUUGCAUGAAAGCUAUCAAGAGCUAUGUUUGUAAAUGUUUUCCUAUUUGUCUUCUUUUCUUUUUCCUAGAGGAUAGUGUUGCUGACACUGCACUAACUUUGCACUUGAGAAACUAAAGACAUUUCUAUUACAAGUUGACAGUUUGCACAUUUUCAUCCUGUUGCAUUGGUACUAAAUGCUGACUUUUCCAUACAAAUGUUACCACUUCCAUGACAUUAGUGCUAGUAGUAUACUGAUGAUCUGUUGCUUUGUGCAUUUCUUCAUCUGAAUGAUGAGCAGAGAAAUGAACGUACCCAAGUGGAAUAAACAUUCUCAGUUGUGACACGAGUAAUGAAAA